AUGACGGACACGCCGUUGAUCUGCCAGAGGUCCAGCGAGGCAUUCCACUUCGCAACCCUCUAUGACAGGACCAACCGGAUCCCGCGCUGGUCGGCGUACAAACUGAGUACCACUAAUUGCACCGGGGAACCCCGCCGGAUGUUCAGUUGGUUUGUGGAGCCCCAGCUGGCAGAUAUGGAGAAGAACCCGGACAUGACGACUGAGAGUAAAUCAAACGAGACAGACCAUGAGCUGAGACUCAGCCAGGCCAUAGGUGAGGACUAUGAGGACACGUCCUACGACCGGGGACAACUGAACCCAAAUGACUACUACUGUGAUAAUGACCGCACGGCCACCUUCACCCUCACCAACGCCGUCCCCAUGGACCCCUGCUUCCACCAGCUCCUCUGGAGCAAGCUGCAGCAAGUCCUCAAGACUUAUUUAAAUGAGAACUGCAUCCGUCCUGGAGGGAGCCCCUACCUGGUGACAGGAGCUGUGGCCAGUGGCAGCAUGCAGAUCCCCAGAGAGGACACAGAUAAGGAAGGGGACCGUAACCGGGCGUACAACCAAGUCUCGGUGCCCAGCCACAUCUGGACAGCUGUGUGCUGCGACCAGGCAGAUGACACCCAAAAAUUCUCCGUGGCCUUCCUAGCAGAGAACAAAGAGGAGUCCAGGCUCCAAAUCCUCCCUGUGGAGGAGCUCAACGCAGAGCUAGCGCGUCUGUACAACGCUUCUCAGCCCUUCAAGAUCUUUAGUGACAACUGCGGCACCAACACCACAAAAGAACAAAUAGUUUCAUCAGCAGUAAAAUCAGCCUGGUACACCACCUUCCAGACCUUGCUACUAGACUCUUACUCCCAGCUCUUCCCACCAGAUGAGAGAAGCCGACUGGAUGCGGAGACCGCCCAGGUGAUGGGGAACCUGAACUUGGAUAAGGACAGUGUGCGGCUGACAGGCAUUGAGUUCGCAGUGACUUUUCCCAGUGUGGCACACUGGUACAGGAAGUUUAAGGAGAUAUACGACCAGGGACACCUCAGCUGUGUGCUGACCCCUGCUGCUGCAGCGGCAAAGGAUCCUGGGACUUCAGACAGAGUCUGCACCCUUCAGAAACAGAAACACCUGCCGGGUUCCACUGUCACAGCCGGUGGGUGGAGCUGCGUUGGGGAGCCCUGUGGGCAACACAACCAAACUGACUACAGCUGGUGUUACACGUAA